AUGGCUACGCCACGAAGGCGAAUAGGCCUUGAAAAGGUUAGUUCUUUUUUUUUCGAACUUUUUUUUUAUUAUUUUGAAAAACACGAUGUUUUUGGAUGGGAAAAUAAAAAUAUGACGUAGACAUUUUUCAUGUUUUCAGUAUUUGGAAAUUUAGAUAAAAUCAAAAAAAAAACUGAAUGUGAGUUAUAAACAAUUUUUAUAGCCCAACUUUUUUUCUCAAUGUUCUAUGUAUUAAAAAUUCUAGAAAUUUCAAAAAGAAACCUGUUUCGAGAUAUUCUGAAUGUCUGAGAAAAUCUGAAAAUCUAGAAAUUUUGUGCGACAUAUUUUUGUUUCCGGUCCCUUUUAUUCACAGAAAGAAAAUAUCAAAUUUCUUCGAGUCCCAAGAAAAGUUUAGAAUUUCUUCCUUCGCCAGAAAAAAAUGUGACCCGGUUUCAGAUUGGCCUAUAUGACGUGGGCCGUGUGAUUGGUCGUGGUAAUUUUGCGACAGUUCGUAUAGGUCGACAUCGGAUUGCCAAAACCAAGGUGAAUUCCAUUUCCAUGGGAACAACAAUUGUUUUUCAUGAUUAUUUUGAAAAUUCUCAUUUUAUUUUAUGUCAUUUUUUAUUUCAACCAACCAUAUGAUGAUUUCAGGUGGCGAUAAAAAGUAUUGAUGUUUCAAAGUUAGACAAAGAAAAUUUGGUCAAAAUUGAGAGGGAAGUUCAGAUUUUGAAAACGAUCGAUCAUCCACAUAUUGUUAAGACAUACGAAGUACGUUUUAUUUGUUUCUUGUUUUUUACUUGACUAACCAAAAAAAGAGAAGAGAAGAAUGAUAACAACCAGUAGAAAAAAAAAGAACAACAUUUUAUAAUACCCUCCAAUAGAAAAAAAAGAAUUGAAUAGAGAGGAUAAUCCAAUGACGCCUUUAUUCAGAUUAUGCGACAUGAUCGGAUGAUCUAUAUAGUCACGGAAUAUUGUAGUGGUGGUGAAUUGUAUGAUACAUUAAUAGAAAAAGGUCGCGUUCCGGAAAAUCAGGCGAGAAAAUGGUUUGCACAAACUGCAUCUGCACUUCAAUAUUUACAUUCGAGAGGAAUUGUCCAUCGGGAUUUGAAAGCUGAAAAUAUUUUAUUAGGAAAAGAUUCAGAGAUUAAACUAAUUGAUUUUGGUUUCUCGAAUUUUCAAGAACCCGACAAUCUUUUGAAUACCUGGUGUGGAAGUCCACCAUAUGCUGCACCUGAAUUAUUGCUUGGGAAGAGUUAUGAUGGAAUGAAGGCUGAUAUUUGGUCAAUGGGUGUUUUAUUGUAUAUAUUAGUUACUGGCGGGUUUCCAUUUCCAAGUGAUUCUGUCAACAAAUUGAAACGAAGUGUUUUGAGUGGACAAGUCAAGAUUCCUUAUUGGGUGUCAGUUGGUGAGUUUUAUAAAAACCCUUUUCUUUCUGUAUUGUCUUUAUUUUUUCAGAAUGCGCUGAUUUCAUUCGUAAAAUGCUUGUCCUCAAUCCCGCCAAACGAUAUAAUAUUCAAAAUGUUCUUCAACACAGGUGAGUACGACCAAAGUACACACAGAACAAAUGUAUAAAUCACAUCACUUUUUGGGCGAGAAUGCCAAAGAGCUAGCCUAUAAUUAGAUAAGUAUAGGCUUCUUUUUCGUAAUUUUUCAUCCAACGAAAAUUACAACCGUUGAGUUGAGGUGGAAAAGAUCAGUUGUUAAAAUACACGUAGGAACAUUUUUUUGUUGGAAAAGAGAAAAUUGAAUUAUAGAAAUAGAAAAAUUAGAAUUCUGUUUCAGAUGGAUGAGUGGUCAAGAUGAAACUCCUUCCUUUUUGUCAUCUCAACUUCUCGAAGCAAUUCCUUCAAGUUCUUUCGAAAUUCGCCAACAAACCACAUCCAAACUCAACCCAACAAUCAUGCUUUUUAUGCAACAACACGGUCGUUGGGGCGAAGAUCAGAUUUGUGAUGUAAGUGUAUAGAAAAAGGAAAAAGGAAAAAAAAGAGAAAUAUAUAUGUUUAUGUACAUACAUAUAAAUGAAUUAUGUAUAUCGUAUGUGCAUAAAAUUUUCAUUAUUUUCAUUAUUAUAGGCUGUGAGGCGACGAGAUUUUGAGAGUCCCAUAUUUUCAACAUAUGAAUUAUUGCAUGACAAAGUAAAAAAGACAUCAGAUGGGUCUAGUGGAGAUGAUUAUCCAAGACGAGGAUCAAGGGGUUCAAUAUUAAGUGGAAGAGCUAAUGUUGAUGAUCAGCCAUUGACACCAACUAUUUCGGCGCAUCAAUUAGCACAAUUGAAUUUGAGUAGUCCGGAAAGUGAUUCGGAUGAUUCAUCGAAUUCUGAUCUUUGUGAUGAUUCACCAAUGUCUUCCUCGUUGCGUCCACAAAAUCAUGAUCGACAGUUUGGUUUUGCUGCGCAAGGUUUGGAUGUUACGUCUGCACAAAAUCGGCAUGAAAAUCGGCGACAUACUUUAUGCGCCAGUGAGCAGAUUCUUACACCAAAUCUUAUACCGUUCACUUCACCACUUCUUAAUGGUAUUCAUUUGAAUGCUCCCUUGGGAAUCACACCAAUGCCAGAAGGACAAGCCGCUGAUUUUAGUACACCUUUAUUACACCCAGCUUUUGGUGUGGCGGAUUAUACAAGAAUGUUACCAGUGCCAAAGAGUGGGUUUUAUUUUUCUAAUUUCCUUUUCCCAUCUCCCUAUUCUCUGUAUUGUCCAAAAAUAGACUUUCUAAAAAUAUAACAAUAAUCUAACAUCAUCAAAUAUGAUACGGUUUUAUCAGAAAACAUGUAUGAUAAUAAAUAUGUGGGAAAAAAAUCGAGAAAAAAAAUAAUUCUCACAUUGGGGUUCUUGGAAAAUUGAAAACGUUUUACAGAUGAACGUCGAGCAUCGGCUGGAGAAACAUUGCUACCGACAAAUUUUGAUAUUCAACAACAUUUUGCAAAUCUUCCCAAUAACACUCUCACUUUUCCAGAAACUGUUGAGGAGGAAGGAAAAACGUUAGUAGAAUUUUUGGCCUCAAUUUCAAACCUUUAGAUCUUGGACCUGUUCUGACAUGAGUUCAGCCAAAUUUUCUCGAAGAACCCAACCUUUUUUUCUAGGUACCUUAACAAAUAUGGUGGUAAACGAAACACUGUGCAUUGCCUGAAUAAUCAAAUGGGAGGAGGAAUUCAAAACCCGAUUCCUCGCUAUAAUCGAGCACCGUAUUCAAAAGCACCACCCACGGAAAGGUAACAGUGUACAAAUGAUAAUGAUUUUUUCCAAAACAAUCUUGUUUCUAGAAGAAGUAGUUGGGCGUCUGCAGCACCUUCUCAACAACAGCAAAAUCAUCUGGAAAAACUAUUCAAGCAAACUCUUCAAGUGCACAACGAUAUUCAGAAUUUGCAUAAAGAGUUCAAUGAACUCUCCUAUAAUUGCUCACAGUAAGUGUUUUUUGUUGCUUUCCAUUUUUUUUGCAGAAUUUUUUCCCUUCUCUUUUUAUCCCCGAAACUGGCGUUUUUUAAAGCCCUCAACCCCCUCCAAACCACUACUUUUAUUUUAACACGUCUCUUUUGAUCAGGUCGACAAAUGAGGGAAGCUCUUUGGCAUGUCCGCAAAUCUCAAUAACUGAUGAAUAUAACCGUCAACAUAAUAUUGCACCAUCUGCAUCUUCAUUUGAUCCUGUUAGCAUGUUCCAAAAGAAUGUUAGUUAUCAAAACCUCAUUUUUUCAACAAACCGAAAAAUUGGAAACAUUUUUUUCUAACCACAAUUCCCACUUCUAAAAACAAACUUUUAAUGCUCAUCUGAUCUUCGACAUUUUUUUUCGGAUUAUGAAAAAAUUAUCUAAUUCACAUGAUUUCUUACGGAAGUCAUGUGAGAGAGAAAAAAUGAAACCGUAUCCUUUUCUGAUCUCAAGCAAAGGUUACUUAUGAAUAAUUUCAAGUCCAAAAAUCAAAGUUUUCAACAUGUACUUAGUUCAUGCAUAUUUUCUCUCGAUUAAUUUUUUUCUACAUUCUUUGAACUCAUCAUUUUUCUAGGCGCAAGAAUUAGUAUUCGGUCAACGACCGGCAACAGCAAUUGGUUUCUCGUCAACAACUUCAUUCUCAGGAACAUCAACACCAGAUCAAACGGCACGAAGUAUGGAUGAUCGUGUUAAAGUGAGUUUGCUGAAAUUUUAAUGAUGAUAAUUGUUAUAUAUACAAAUAAUUGCGUGAGAAUUUAUUACGUUUUCCAUUUUUCUCUUCUCCGGCGAUUUUUUUCAGUCUGAGGGGGCGAUAAUUUCCGGAAAGUGCAAUUAUUUUCCAUGAACAUUUUCGGAAAUUAUAUGUGCGGGGACUAGGAAAUUGUGACAUUUUUCAUUGUUUUGUUUGAUGGGAAAGUAAAUUGAUUUGAGUUUUGGAAAGUGGAGGAGGGAAUAUUUGAAAAACAAGCUUUAAGUUAGCAAAUUAUUAUACCUUAAUAAAGAUCAAUGAAAAUUAUAGAACCAUAUUCCCCUAGGCUCAAACAGUGUGGGGAUUGAUUCAUUCUGAAAACUUUGGCACAUCAACAAAAACACGUUCUGAACUUUUGAAGUUCUAAAUUUUCUAGACAAAAAUGUUCAUGGAAACUUUAACAUUGUGCUUCAAAAACUUGUUGGAACUUUUCUCAAAUCAUAAAACAUAAAUUUGAUUAGAAACUUUUCGAAGCUAUUUUCAUUAUAGGAAUCUCUCACCUAUCACUUAACAUUAAAAAAUUCUCGAAAUUUAUACCAAAAUUUUCCCUUAAUUAUCAAUCUUCCGAAUUUUCAAUUCCAAAACAAUACCUCAGAAAUUUCAUCUGCAAACUAUCAUCUUAAACUUGAAAUUGUUUUUUUUUCAAAACAUCAAUCUGGUCAUCGAAAAAAACCUGUGAUUGAUCACAUGUCACUCCAAACUAUUUUUCAAUUUUCAGAGCUUCGUGUCUUCUCUUCCAUUUGCUGACAUCAUCGAAGAACUGAAAAAUAGUUUGAAUAGUUUGAAAAUUCCAUUUUCUGAAACUAAUGAACUUGUUUAUGAAGAUCAUGGUAAGCAGGCUUGUUCUAAUUAGAGCAUAUUUUUAAUGCAAUUUGUUUUCAGAAAUGAGACGUUUAUCAUUGCCAACUGGUGUUGAAAUUGGUGUUGCUGUUUUACCACCCGAACAAAAAUCGCAUGUUGAAUUCGCAAUAUUGUCCAAUGAUUCGCCAACUUCUGAAAUCAUAUGUGAUCAGCUGAUCUGUCGGUUGAGAAUGAUUGAUCCAAAUUCUACCGCUGAAUGA